AUGGCUGCGGCACAAGACCCCUACCUGGUCAUCCCAGGCUCCUCGGCCUUCUCCAACUUCCGCUGCGUGAAGCUCGCGCGCGAGCUGGGUGCCGAGGAGGUGCGCGGCAUCUGGCUUCACUUUGUCAAUCCGAACGGCGAGCUGCAGACGGACCAAUUGAAGGCCCUCGAGCAGCUUCUUUUCUACGGCGACAUCCCCUCCGCCGACGACCACUUGUACCAGACCAUCCUCGACGCCCUCACCCGCAACGGCGAGCCCCGCGACGAAAACACCGCCCUCUUCUACGUCUGCCCCCGCCCCGGCACCAUUUCUCCAUGGAGCACCCAGGCCACCAACAUCGCUCAUGUAUGCGGACUCAAGGAGUCGGUGAAGCGCAUCGAGCGCGGCAUGGUCAUUGCCGCCACAUUCCCCGCGGAUAAGCGCCCCGCUAGCACCGACAUCCCGCAACCUGACCUCCUCUACGACCGUAUGACUCAGACCAUCAGUCGGACUCAGCCGGACCUCAACUACACCUUCGGCGAGCAUGAGCCCGCUCUCGCUACCAGCGUUGACCUGCUUGCUGAGGGCACAACGCCCAAGGAGGCGUUGGAGAAGGCAAACAAAGAGCUGGGGCUGGCGCUUGAUGCGGCCGAGAUAGACUACCUGGUGGAGGCAUACACCGAGCAGCUGCAGAGGGGCCCGGUUGAUGUCGAGUUGUUCAUGUUUGCUCAGGUCAACUCGGAGCAUUGCAGGCACAAGCAGUUCAAUGCCGACUGGACUAUCGAUGGCGUCAAGAAGCCCAUGAGCCUGUUUGGCAUGAUCAAGAACACGCAUAAGACGCACCCUCAAUACACGGUCAGCGCAUACAGCGAUAAUGCCGCGGUUCUGGAGGGCGACAAUGCCAGUUUCUGGGCUCCGAACAACGCCACCGGAGAGUGGGUGCAGGCCAGGGAGUUGGUCCACUUCCUUGCGAAGGUCGAGACUCACAACCACCCGACUGCUGUGUCCCCUUACCCAGGGGCAGCCACAGGCGCCGGUGGUGAGAUCAGAGACGAAGGAGCCGUAGGUCGUGGAUCAAAGCCCAAGGCCGGUCUCUGCGGUUUCAGCGUUUCGGACCUUCACAUCCCCGGCUUCGAGCAGCCUUGGGAAGUGGACGUCGGUAGACCGGCGCACAUUGCCAGCAGUCUGGACAUCAUGCUGGAGGCGCCUAUCGGUAGCGCUGCGUUCAACAACGAGUUCGGACGUCCUUGCACAGCCGGCUACUUCCGCACCCUGACCACCAAGAUUCCGGUUAAUGACGAUACCGAGAUCAGAGGUUACCACAAGCCCAUCAUGAUCGCUGGUGGUGUCGGUACCAUCCGGCCGCAGUUCGCGCUCAAGGACCCUGAGCUUGUCACUCCUGGUGACCACCUGAUUGUUCUUGGUGGUCCCGCCAUGCUGAUUGGACUCGGCGGUGGUGCCGCAUCGAGUGUCCAAUCUGGCGAGGGGUCAGUCGAGCUUGACUUUGCCAGUGUCCAAAGAGGCAACGCUGAAGUGCAGAGGAGGGCGCAAGAAGUCAUCAACACUUGCACAUCGUUGGGCCUGCAAAACCCUAUCAAGUUCAUCCACGACGUUGGUGCAGGCGGUCUCUCCAACGCACUACCGGAGCUGGUCCACGACUCUGGGCUCGGCGCAACCUUCGAGCUGCGUGAGGUUGAUAGCACUGAUAAGAGCAUGAGCCCUCUCCAGAUUUGGUGCUGCGAGGCACAGGAGCGUUACGUCAUGGCGGUCGGUCCAGAAGGUCUUGAUCAAUUCAAGCGUAUCUGCAAGAGAGAACGCUGCGGCUUCUCUGUUGUCGGUGAGGCAACUGGCGAGAAGUCUUCUCACAACAACCAGCUCAUCCUGAUGGAUCGCGAUUCUUCGGACUACCCUAAGCCCAUCGACUUGCCCAUGUCUGUGCUUUUCGGUAAACCUCCGAAGAUGUCGAGGGUCGUUGACUCAAGACAGCUCAAGCUUCCUGUCUUUGACACUAGCUUGACCUCUUACAUUCCAGAUAUUGAGCCCGAGGGCCUCUUCCCCGAGGCUGUAUCUAGGGUCCUGUCUCUUCCCUCGGUUGGCUCCAAGAAUUUCCUCAUCACUAUCGGCGACCGUACUGUCGGCGGUCUUACCGUUCGUGAUCAGAUGGUUGGCCCUUGGCAGGUUCCCGUUGCCGACGUCUCCGUCACGGCCACUUCGCUCCUUCCUGGGGUCAAGACUGGUGAGGCCAUGUCUAUGGGCGAGAAACCCAACCUGGCUCUCAUCUCCGCCGCCGCCUCGGCCCGCAUGGCCGUUGCUGAGUCGCUCAUGAACCUGGCCGCUGCCAGUAUCCCUGAGCGCCUGUCUCGCGUUCGCCUCUCUGCCAACUGGAUGGCUGCUAGCAGCCACCCUGGCGAGGGCGCAGCGUUGUAUGAGGCUGUCGAGGCCAUCGGCAUGGACCUGUGCCCUAAGCUGGGCGUCAGCAUUCCCGUCGGCAAGGACUCGAUGUCGAUGAAGAUGAAGUGGCAGGACCCCGCUUCCAAGGAAGCCCGCGAAGUCACCGCGCCUCUCUCGUUGGUCAUCUCCGCUUUCGCGCCGGUUGACCUUAUCGAGCGGACUUGGACGCCUGCUCUGCAACGCCUUGAGGACGUUGGCGAGACUAUUCUGCUCUACGUCGACCUUGCCCAGGGCAAGAAGGCAAUGGGCGGGUCUGCUGUGGCCCAGGUUUUUGGCCAGGUUGGCGACGAGGCGCCUGACGUCCGCGACGCUGAGUUGCUCAGGGACUUCUACGAUGCCGUUGAGCAGCUCCACGAGGCCGGCAUUGUCCUCGCCUACCAUGACCGCUCUGAUGGCGGUCUGUUUACGACUUUGGUCGAGAUGAUGUUCGCUGGUCGUUGCGGUCUUGAGGUGAUGCUGGAUGAGCUGUGCCCUAGCAAGGACACCAAGGAUAUGAUCGAGGCGCUCUUCAACGAGGAGCUCGGCGCCGUCUUCCAGGUCAGGAAGAAGGAUGAAAUCGAAUUCCGCAGGUGCUUCGCUACUUGCGGCCCUCCUGCUGGCAUGAUCAAGAAGAUCGGGCGGGUGCCGGUGGUCACCAAGCAGAACUUGGUUCUCACUUCUUCGGCCCGCGUCGUCUACAAGGAGAGCCGCAAGGAGCUCCAACAGCAGUGGGCUGCUACAUCGCACGAGAUGCAGAGACUUCGUGACAACCCGAUGUGUGCCGAUUCGGAAUACGAGAACAUUCGUGACGACGUCGAUCCCGGUCUCGCGUACAACCUAACGUUCAACCCAAGGGACAACAUUCUGCCUAUUACGACUUCUCUUACCUCCAUGGUCGCGGCUAGGCCUCGUGUUGCCAUUCUCCGUGAGGAAGGUGUCAACGGGCAGGCUGAGAUGGCCUUCGCCUUCAACGUUGCUGGCUUCUCAGCUAUUGACGUUCACAUGACGGAUAUCCUUACGGGCCGCGUCUCGCUCGCCUCGUUCGCCGGUCUCGCCGCCUGCGGUGGCUUCUCAUAUGCCGACGUGCUCGGUGCCGGCCAGGGUUGGGCCAAGAGCGUGCUGCUCCACCCUGAGGCUCGUAAGGAGUUCCAGGCUUUCUUCGAGCGCACAGACACCUUUGCGCUUGGUGUCUGCAACGGCUGCCAGUUCCUGUCUCGUGUCAAGGAGCUCAUUCCGGGUUGCCAGUCCUGGCCAACUUUCGAGCGCAACGCCAGCGAGCAGUACGAAGCUCGCGUCUGCAUGGUCGAGGUACAAGACCCUCCUGCUACCCCCACCACCCCUCAGUCCGUCUUCCUUCACGGCAUGCAUGGCUCCAUGCUACCCAUCGUCGUCGCACACGGCGAGGGCCGCGCCACCUUCUCGGCGUCUCCAACCGCGGACUCGUCGCCCGAGACGCUCCAGAACGACGGGCUCGUCGCGAUGCGCUACGUUGACAAUUACAAGCGGGUGACGGAGCGCUACCCCUUCAAUCCCAACGGCAGCCCCAACGGUAUUACUGGUGUGAGGAGCCCCGACGGCAGGGUGCUGGCCAUGAUGCCUCACCCGGAGCGCACGAUCCUCAAGGACGUGGUCAGCUGGGCGCCGAAGGAGAUGGCGGACCAGUGGGGCGAGUUCGGCCCUUGGGUGCGCAUGUUCAAGAGCGCGAGGAGGUGGGUUGGCUGA